AUGAAUGAACGUUCAGGUGAAAAAGUAAUAUUGUCAGAUUAUGAUCUGCAGCUAGCGAAAGCGCAAAAGAUGGUGUCCAAACUUGAAGAUCUGGAAAUUGAGUUCUAUGGUGAAUUGAAAAAGUCUAAGUAUGGAUAUUCACUGGAAAAUAAUCAAUGA